AUGGGCUGCACUCUAAGCGCGGAGGACAAGGCGGCGGCCGAGCGUAGCAAGAUGAUCGACAGAAAUCUGCGAGAAGACGGAGAGAAAGCGGCCCGGGAAGUCAAGCUCCUACUUCUGGGAGCCGGUGAAUCAGGAAAAAGCACAAUUGUCAAACAAAUGAAAAUUAUCCAUGAAGCUGGAUAUUCAGAAGAAGAAUGUAAACAAUAUAAGGCAGUUGUCUACAGUAAUACGAUUCAGUCCAUUAUUGCUAUCAUAAGAGCUAUGGGGAGACUGAAAAUAGAUUUUGGAGAUUCAGCCAGGGCUGAUGAUGCACGUCUACUCUUUGUCCUUGCUGGAGCAGCAGAAGAAGGUUUUAUGACGGGAGAACUUGCCGGGGUGAUCAAAAGACUGUGGAAAGAUCUUGGUGUUCAAGCCUGUUUCAACCGAUCGAGAGAGUAUCAGCUUAAUGACUCAGCCGCAUACUAUUUGAAUGAUUUGGACAGAAUAGCCCACAUCAGUUAUAUCCCAACACAACAAGAUGUCCUCAGGACCAGAGUGAAAACGACAGGAAUAGUGGAAACUCAUUUUACUUUCAAAGAUCUCCAUUUUAAGAUGUUUGAUGUUGGAGGCCAAAGAUCAGAACGAAAAAAGUGGAUUCACUGCUUUGAGGGAGUUACAGCUAUAAUUUUUUGUGUGGCACUUAGCGAUUAUGACUUGGUCCUUGCAGAAGAUGAAGAAAUGAAUAGGAUGCAUGAAAGCAUGAAACUGUUUGAUAGCAUCUGCAACAAUAAGUGGUUUACAGACACCUCUAUUAUCCUGUUCUUAAAUAAAAAGGAUCUCUUUGAAGAAAAAAUUAAAAGGAGUCCUCUUACUAUUUGUUAUCCAGAAUAUCCAGGAUCAAAUACAUAUGAAGAAGCAGCUGCGUACAUCCAGUGUCAGUUUGAAGACCUAAACAAGCGAAAAGACACAAAAGAAAUCUACACGCACUUCACCUGUGCCACCGAUACCAAGAAUGUGCAGUUUGUCUUCGAUGCGGUCACCGACGUCAUCAUAAAGAAUAAUUUGAAAGACUGUGGUUUAUUCUAA